AUGUCCUUGUGCGCGUCCCCACAAUGCCAGGCUGACAUAUCUGCGCAAGACGAGACACAGCCAACUUGUAAAAAAUGUCAAAAGCUGGGUAUCGCUUGCGACGGUCCCAGGACACUCGUGUUCGUUACGGGCAAAAUUGUCAGGUCCAGACGGACGCAGCAUUCAUCGAAGAAAACGACAGACGUGACUACGACACCUGAAUGGAAGACAGAGGAUGUAGAGAAAUCGGCUUCGGUCUCUCCACCAUAUCAGUCUUCACCCCAACAUAUAGGGUUGAGAUUCAACGAGUACGAAGUCUAUAUAUGUCAUCUGCGACAAUACCUCUAUCCCAAUGGCCCCGUUGACCUGGGACUACAACAACUUCGGACCUCGGACCUUGCUCUUAGUCGAUAUCCAACCAUAGGUGCAGGUACCAAUCCUUUGUUCAACCAAGCUGCCUUGACGUUUGCUACGUUACUAUUUGGCACCCGACACCACCAGGCUCGCAUCCUCGCCAAGGGCUACGACAUGCACGGUGUGGCACUUCGGCAGCUGAACCAAGCACUCAGUAUUCCGGGAUGUCAUGAACGAGACGACAUCAUUAACGUCAUCACCAUCAUGGCCAUGCUUGAGAUGUGCUUGCCAAGUGGCCCCAGAAAUUGGCUAAAACAUAUGCUGGGGCUAGAGCAACUCAUAGCACUUCGUGACCCCGGUUCAUUGGCAUAUGCUUCAACCCAAACGCUCGAGUUGUACAAAGGUGUUCGUCACAUGAUUUUGCUUGCUUCGUUGCGAAAUAGAUCUCCAUCCAUUCUUGCUAGGCAGCGAUGGAAGGCCGUAUUGCGAACGCCUCUCUCACUUGAAACAAGAGAAGAAAGAGAGUUGCACGAUGUAAUGGCAGACUGCACGGUCCUGAUUGCCGCGAGUGACGAGCUUUCCAGCACAAUCAGCCCGCAUGACCGCGUGCGUUUAGAAAUGAUCGAAGAAAUUCAAAGAAAAGCCGGGGAACUACUUACGUUCCUCCAAACCUGGAAACAGAAAUGGGACAAUGAAAAGGAGAAUUCUUGUACCACGGAAGAUGACUUUGAAGCCAUUUGUGCAGGUGCUCCGCAAGCACUAUGGACGGUGUACAAGUUCCGCAACGAUUCCAUCGCACGUAUGUUCAUGCUCUACAACACUGCCAUGAUCCACGUACUUCAGAUCGUCGAAGAAACUAAAGAGCUACGCGCGCAGUCAGGAUUCCCGGGAACGGAAACCAGCGAUACCUUCUAUCUCAUUCAUGCAACAGGCAUCGAUAUCGCACGAAGUAUACCAGGGUAUCUGCAGCAAAGAAGAUAUCGCGGCGAUACGGGGUUUACUUCUCCGGUUGUUCAGUGGGCGGCUCUUAUGGCUUGGCAAGUACUCGGCCGCGAUGAGUCUGCCGAGGGAAAGUGGAUGGUGGAUGCUUUGCAGGGGUACAGCGAGUAUGGUAUCGCGAAAGCUGCGUGGGAAGUUUGA